AUGGUCGACCCUUCGCUGGCUUUCCGACCCGAGGAGGCCAUCAAGGAGUCGGGAUGGCAGUUCAGGAAUUACGUGGAGGAAUCCGACGACCCUCACCUGAAGCAGGUGAAGGAGACGUACCUCAAGAUGCACACCUUCCAGACGCUGGAUUUCGUCAAGAAGAAGCACGAGCACUGGCGGAAGUUCGACAAGUUCGAGGCGAGCAUCCUGGAGGCGCUGCAGAAGCUGAACGCGCUGGUGGACGAGAGCGACCCCGACGUGUCGGUGCCCAACAUCGUGCACGCCUUCCAGACCGCCGAGCGCAUCCGCGCCGCCCACCCCGACAAGGACUGGCUGCAGCUCACGGGCCUCAUCCACGACCUGGGCAAGGUGAUGGCGUUCUACGGCGAGCCUCAGUUCUCCACCGUCGGCGACACCUUCGUGGUCGGCUGCGAGGUCGGGAAGUCCGUCGUCUACAGGGACACCACCUUCCACGACAACUGUCCAGACACUGGGCACAAAAUUUCCCUCUCUGCCGCACUGCCGCGCACACAGCUUCAGGGGCACUCUGGACCUCCAGGCUAA